UAAUUUGAAAAGUACAUAAGUUCUCAUAGAUCCUUGUGCACCUUUCCACCGAGUUAUCUCAUCACAACUCUUACCAUUUUUCCCCAUUUGCCGGCCACCGACACUUUCUCUUCCGGCAACCUUCUCCUCUAUCCGUCAUAAUCUCCGGCAUCCUUCACACCGGUUCAAACCGGAUUCCUCUUAUUCCAAUUCCUUUCAUUGCCGGUCUGUUUCACUGUUUCAAACUCCGGAUUCAGAUUCAACAACAAAUUUAAUGCCACUUUUGUUUCCAAUUCGUGCCCUAAAUCGGUUACCGAAACCCUAGAGGUUUUAUAAACGCGACUACAUUUCACUGAGAAUUAAUUACUUGUGAAAGUUGUUUCCUUUAUAGAAUUCUGAUUCGGAUCUGUAAUUAUUGAUCAGUAGAUCUUGAUUUUGGAGAAUUAGGGUUUUGAGUUGUGGAUGUAUGGUAGAGAAAUGUGUAGGGUAGAGGAGAGAGAUAAUAAUAAUAAGAAGAAGAAGAUGAGGAGGUUUGCAAUUGGAAGUAUGGGAUUGAAGAAAUUUGGGGAAAUCAGGGUUGAAAAAUUGAAGAAUUCUAUGGUGAAUGUAAGGUCCACUAAAAUGAAGAUGUGGUUAAUUAGGGCAACCACUAUGGUGUUACUGUGGACUUGUUUGGUUCAGUUGACUGCUUUAGGUGGUGGUUCAUGGGGACCUAGGGUUUUGAAAGGUUGGCCUUCUUGUUUUACUCAAGAUUCUGCAUUGGAUGUUAAGUUGUUGCCUACUGUUCCUGUUAGAGUUCUUCCACACAAGAGGGUUUAUAAGAACAAUGGGUACUUGGUUGUUUCGUGUAACGGUGGACUUAAUCAAAUGCGGUCUGCGAUUUGUGAUAUGGUUGCGAUUGCUAGAGAUUUGAAUGUUACUCUUAUAGUUCCUGAGCUGGAUAAAACUUCCUUCUGGGCUGAUCCAAGUGAGUUUGAGGACAUUUUUGAUGUCGAUCAUUUCAUUACGUCUUUGAGAGAUGAAGUCCGGAUACUUAAAGAGCUUCCUCCGAGGCUUAAACAGAGAGUUGAAUUAGGAAUUGUGCAUACCAUGCCUCCUGUUAGUUGGUCUGAUAUCUCUUACUAUCAUAAUCAGAUUCUUCCGCUGAUUAAAAAGUACAAAGUUGUGCACUUGAACAGAACCGAUGCUCGGCUAGCCAAUAACGGUCAACCCCUUGAACUUCAAAAGCUUAGGUGCCGAGUAAAUUUCGAUGCUCUGAGAUUUACUCCUCAAAUAGAAGAAUUGGGUAGACGUGUAGUGAAGCUUCUGAGACAAAACGGGCCUUUUCUAGUGCUUCAUCUUAGAUACGAAAUGGAUAUGUUAGCAUUUUCCGGCUGUACACAAGGAUGCAAUGAUGAAGAGAUUGAAGAGUUGACCAGAAUGAGAUAUGCUUACCCAUGGUGGAAGGAAAAGAUUAUAAAUUCUGAUUUGAAACGAAAAGACGGUUUAUGCCCUUUGACCCCUGAAGAAACCGCUCUUACACUUAAAGCACUUGAUAUUGACCGCGAUAUCCAGAUUUACAUUGCUGCUGGUGAAAUAUACGGUGGAAAAAGGAGAAUGGAUAGUCUUGCAGAUGCCUACCCGAGACUGGUAAGAAAGGAGACACUUUUAGGGCCGGCUGACCUUCAGUAUUUUCAAAAUCACUCGUCACAAAUGGCGGCAUUGGAUUAUCUUGUGUCACUAGAGAGCGACAUUUUUGUUCCUACGUAUGAUGGAAACAUGGCCAAAGUUGUAGAAGGCCACCGCAGAUUUUUGGGUUUCAAGAAGACGAUUCUAUUGGACAGGAAGAUUUUGGUUGAUUUAAUAGACAAAUAUACAAGUGGAGUUUUGAGCUGGGAUGAAUUCUCUGGUGCGGUUAAGGAUACACACGCGCAACGUAUGGGGGCCCCUACGAAAAGAUUGGUUAUGCCUGAUAGACCCAAAGAAGAAGAUUAUUUCUAUGCAAAUCCAGAAGAGUGCCUGCAGCCAUCAGAUGAUGAACCUUUGAGCAUCCUGUGAGUAGGGAUUUGUUGGUUAGGUUGGCCCGUUGGGAUCUAUGAACUGUCUGAACCACAGGAUUAUGAUUCUCGGCCCUCGAAUCAGUCGGUGUACUAUGCUAACACAUUUUGGUGGGACCGAUGGUGAGAGAUGCAUGAAGACAAGAAUGUUCCCAUGAACGAAUAUAUUGUGCCGUUUAUUAUUGAUGUCUUUUAUUUUUAUUUUUAUUUCAUAUGUAUGGUUAUUGUCAAUAAUUCUCAUUCAUGUAUAGAAAAGAACACCCCCCCCCCCCUGACAUUUCAGGCUUAUUCAAACCAGCGAUAUGUACACAUAUAGAGCGUCGAAAACCAUAGGUGUGGUCCAUUUUUUCACUCCUACAUAAGCGCAUUAUUAUUAUUACUA